GAGCCAGACACGCCGUAGUCGCGCUCGAGCUGGACGGUCACAUUGUCUUGCGUAUCGUUCACGACAUCAAGCAGAAUAUCGAACGACUGCACGGGCGCGGGCAUGGCGGGGUGCUUGAGAGGGAACGUCCAGCGACAGGAGACGAUGCGGAUUGGCGCGCGAUGUACUUCCUGCCCGUCAAGGGCAGAGGCAGAGCACGCGUGUUAUGGGAAAGACGAGGCGAGAGGGGAGCCUGAGGUGCACUGCGGAGGGAGAGAGGUGCCGGUGGCAGGGCGCGCGGCGUAUAUAUGUAUGCAGAUCAACGGAGAGAAGAUCACGACCACAACAAUGAAAGGGACCGGCGCGUGGUUGGGAUGGGCCCGUGGCCUGGAGAUACACGGUCCGUCGCCAGGUGCGUUCCAUUGCAUUGCACCGCAAUGGGACGGGUUGCGCUUUUGUUGCAUUGUGCGAUCACCCAGCCUGCCUAUUGUUGCGAAUCGGGAAGCCCGGUCACGCGCGGGUGCGUGGGCAGCUCUGGGAGAGUUCAGCGCUUCUCGCGCAGCGACGAAGACAGCGAGCGGGGGGAGGGGCCUGCAUCCCUGAAGCUGCGCGGCAUCGAUAGGGCGUGGGCUGUGACACUGAGAGGAGGCGUGGCCGAGCGGAAUUCGUGGCGCCGGCGAUCAUCC